UACGUACCUUGUGAGCAAAGGACAGGACAAUAUUAUUGAUCAAACAGAUAUUCAGAAAACUAGAAUAUUAUUGUCUACGUACAUAAAAAAGUAGAUACAUAUUAAAAAGCAUGUUGGAAGAAGUACAAUCAGAGGUUGAAAAAAUUAUUCCCUUCAAUGUUUGCUUUGUUGAGAAAUAUCUUCUGGGACGCUCAAACAUUAAAAUUGAAAAACCUUUAGGUUUGGCACCGAUCAUCACUGGGAAAUUUUAUACAAAUACAUCCAAACAAGAUGAGGAAAGUCAUGAAAGUAUCAAGAAAUACAUGGAAAAACUUAAUGUAAAGAGUCCAAAAGAAAAGUAUGCCAGGCCUUGCACAGAAAAUCAAAAAUAUGGAUGGUACCAUAAUGUAAAAUUCACUGAACAUUGUAAACAAAAUAAGAGACUGAAUUUCCACAAAAAUACAAAUAUAUUGAUAACAGAACAUCUAAUGAACUAUGCAAAAAUCCGGGAAUAAGAAUAUUAUUACCUGUUCGAGAUCCUUCUCUGCUAGCUCCAAUAUCUAAAUCUAUGGUUUCUACAGAUGGUUCUCCGAUUUCAUCGCCCCUUACAGUACCUAUAAUUUUUUUAUAAAUAUUCAGUUGAUAAAAUAUUAUGGGAAAAACUUACCAAUUAAGACAAAUAAACCAAUAGUUAAUAAUAAAAA